UUUUGUAAGGGUCAGGAUCAAGCCUGGGGUUCCUGAGUCUGUCUCGCUGUGCUGCCUGCUAUGACCAGAAGGGGGGCUCUAUGCCUCGGUGCAGGGAUGACAGCGAGUCCAGCUCUGCUUCAAAUAAUUCCGGACCAGAGUUUGAUUGGGAUUCAGACGAGCUAGAAUCCAGCUCGGACUCCAGUUCCAGCAUUGGACCGUCGUCCAAGGGGACACCCCAAAGCCCUGGAUUGGAUCAGGACACACCUGGAUCUGGAUCUGGAUCAAGAUCUGUGGCGAUAGAUGAGGCCGGGGCGGUUGAGCAAGUGGGCAUGGAUAGUGUUACACAGUGGGGGAUGGAAGGAAGCCAAGAGGAGAGGAUGGAGAGUCAGGAGGCUGGACAGAAGACAGGGAGAAGGAAUAGAAGACUGUCCCUCCUCAAAUCUCACUCUUUGCCUACAUCCUUCACUCCCUCCUCUUUCUCCCGUCCUCCGUCCGUCAUCUCCACGCUACACUUACAGGUGUUAUCCAGCAAACAUGGCGAUACACCAUUUCACACCAUGCCCAUUUUUGUCCUUCAGCUCCCGUCAGAGAGAGGGGCGUUCAGGCAGGAGGAGGAGCAGGGGACACAAGGAGGGGGACAAGACAGAAGCAACAGCCCACCACCACCACAACCCAUGCAGUGGUGGCAGACUGGGUUACCAUGGCAACAGCUGCAAGGACCAACAAACCAACAGCAUCUUUAUCAACAACAGCAACCAGAGCAAUAUCAACACGCACAUCAAUAUGGGCAGCAUCACCAACAACAAAUGUUUUCUCCUCUCUCGUCUUGGGAGCAAGAAGUACAACCACCUCCACCCACACAUACAUUUCCUGUGUUGCCCAUGCCCUUAGCACACACACUGCGGCAAGUGUCAAACACACCCCAGGCACAUCUGCAAACAAUAACACCACACACAUGUUGCUGUUUGCACAACACACACGUCCCCUUGCCUCCCGCAUACUGGAGCAGUUUCAGCCGACGCACACAAAUGUAGUGGCUGAAUGAACACUCUUCAUCAUGGCUGGUCUAUCAUAAUCAGAGGCAUACGUCAGCAGAGUUACAGUGAGACACAGGGAAUUAGGUAGAGUCAGAACUUCAACUCCAGAAUUGGGCUGGUUCCCAAAAGAGCCAUGGGUAGAUAGAAACGGGCAACAUAACCACAGGUGUACAGUUGUAAGUGCAGUUGGACAAGGUUACAGCCAGAGCCCGAGCCAAUCAGAGAUAGGACGGUACAAUGGAGGCUGCAUUGAGGCUGUUGACUGCAGGCUGAAGGUGCUCUUGGUUUUCGGUAUGAUAGAGAGGACACGGCCCUUUCACCAAAGCAUGCAAGACUUCUGUUGUGCAACGUUUUCAGAAGUGUUGGACUACCAAGCAUGAAUCAACCUUAAACAUUCUAUGGAUUCUAGCACAUCCCUGUUGUGUUUUCUGCUGAAUGGAUCAAUAGCGCUUCCUUUUUCACACACCGUUAGCUUUAGAUGCUAAUUAGAUUUUUUUUUGUUACUUUAAGAUACAUAUUAUCCAGAGCUAGUUUGUGUAAGGUUUCUAUUCCCACCUACACUGUAACAUGUUGUGGACAAAACGCAAUAAAAAAAUGAAUAGUAUAAUUUACUUAUGUGACAAUGAACCCAACAAUUGCAAUCAAAUGAGCCUAGACCUGUUAGAUAAACAGGUAUAAAUAUGAGGAACCCAUUUUAGUAAAAUGACAUGUUAGUCCCUACCUUUUUCCUUAAAGAUUUUCUGCAAUUUGUAAAAAGCUGUAUUGACAUUGUCAGGAGAACUGAGGAAAUAAAAUUUGUUUUUCAACCUUUGAGCGUUGAGGAAUGAAUAUUAAAAGCACUUCGAAAUGAGGACGCAGAGGCUUCCUCAUGUUUUCAGCAUAAGCCGAAAAAUAAAAAUG